AGUCAGGAUCGACGCAGGCCCAGCGCAGUGGGUUUUCUGAAGGCUGCGGCACGAGCCGCAUGCCAACAUCGUUUCUGACCUCGCACGACCCUAUUAAUACAACAAACAUCACCGAUCGAACCUAGUAGUAAUCUGACUAAUCAUGAAGCUCAUCUACGCGUUGUGCCUUAUCGCGACGACCGCAGCAGCACCGAAUUUCGUGUUCCCGGAUGAGCGGCGCGAGAGAAAACCAGAACCAAUUAUAACACCACCUGUUUUACCAAUUCUGGAGCAUCUGGAGAACGAUCCCAGUACCCUGGGUAAUAGGGCGAAUACGGUGAAACCCAGAUUUGGUGGUGGUUUUAAUGUGAAGCCGUCUGGUAAUGGAGGGUUGACGGCCAGUGUGAGCAGUAGUGCUAGUGGGGGUGGUUUGAGCCACUCCGCAUCACAAUCGUUCUCGUUUGGAUUCAAUGAAGGCUUUAGCGCAUCUCAUUCGGCGAGUCAAGCUUCGUCUUUUAAUGGAUUUGGAAGUGGGUUCAGCGGAAGCCAAGCAAGUAGCCAAGCUGCGUCGUUUAGCGGUUCAGGCAAUUCAAUAUCAGGUGCUGCAUCAUCUGCCUCUUCACAGGGUGGCUUUGGAAGUGGAAGCCAAAGCGCCUCAUCCGCUUUUGGCUUUAACUCCAUCAAUGGUUUUCAGUCUGAGCCCUCUUUCGGAGAUGGACUUCUAGAUAUUAGACAACGCGGCAUCCCCGGUUUUGCCUUCCCGGAUCUACUCGGGAGGAGCAAAGGCGCGAGAGCAGCCGCUUUUAAAUCUAGACCUAAUUCCCAAAGAAAUAGAGACGAUUUUCUUGCAGUACUAGUAUCUAAUUAAGUCUUCAAGGUCCUAUGUGCAUAAUAUAAAGGUAUCUUCCCAAGAAACAUUUAAGCUUUCACUAUUGUUAUAAAGAGAAAAAUAUUGUUCUCAUAAAAAUUGUUGCAGGCGUAAGUAGGUAUAGCGGCAGCUUAGUUAUAGGGUUUUUUUACGAUUGUGUAAUAUAACCGGCCUUUGGUUGACCCACAUAAUUUACUUAUCGUGUUGAAUAACACGUUAGUAGCUUCUGACUUUAAAUAGUGUAUGAAGACCUUACAUAAAAAAAAAAGACUGUUUAUAUAUCUUCGUUUAAUAUUUAUACAAAAGUGUUAUUAAAAUUUUAUGUUAAUGAGCUGGCUUGUCAAUAAUCUUGCGCAACAUAUUAUAUAUGUUGCGUGUCAAUAUAUUUGUUUUAUUAAAAUUAUGCAAUUAAAUAUAGUGGAUUGGUAUUUGUUAUACGCAUUUAUGUUAAUUUCCGUGUAUAUUUGAUAUUUCUGUAUAUUUUUUAUAAGUGUAUUGUUAAACUGAGUUACACUACGGUAUUUUUCUUGUAACCCGCAAAGAAAAUAUUACAGAAAUGUUGUAAGCUAUCUUGCUUAGCUGUUUUAGGUUCUUAGCUAUAAACCAAUUACACAUAAAAUAAAACACUUUUAAAAGUA